CAGAUAAGAUGCAUUGUAACCACACACACAUACAAACUAUCUAUAAUGGUUUAUGUACCAGCAACUUUUGAAAAUGGGCACAAUUCAACCCAUGAAUACUUAUACCAUAUCUUCUUUCUCCCACUCUUGCUGUUACAAUUUCAAGAACACCACUCAAAGACCUUACACCAAGACCCAUGGCUACUCUAGGUCCAGAAUCCAAGCCAUGACCACGGUUCGCGAUGGUCAACCCGAAGCUGCACCAUCUCAGGAACCCCCUUCUCUCAGUUUCGCUUUUGUUAGUCCUGUUCUGUUACCAGAUGGAACGCCGGAUGUACAUUUUAGAACCGCCACGGGUGGACAGAAGCUAAGAGAUAUAAUGCUGGAUUCGAAUAUCGAGUUGUAUGGACCAUAUUCUAGACCUCUGCUAAACUGCGCGGGAGGAGGAACAUGCGCGACUUGCAUGGUAGAGGUUAUUGAAGGGAAGGAGUUGCUUAGCCCAAAAACGGAUAAAGAGAAAGAGAAACUCAAUCGGAACCCGAAGAACUGGAGGCUGGCUUGUCAGACGACUGUGGGGAAACCGGAUUCAACGGGCCUGGUUGUGAUUCAACAACUACCAGAAUGGAAAGGGCAUGAAUGGACACUUGGAAAAGUACCCCCUCCAGAAUCUUAAUUUCUUGAUAUGUAAUGUUGUAAAUUAAUGGUGAGAGCAUGAGAAUGAUUAUAGUGUUGUAAUAUUGGCACAUUCUUGAAUACUAUAUAGUUUACACCAAGACUAGUAGAAACAUAUUUAUUGUUAGUAUUAA